AUGUCUACCAAAAUCUACAAAGUCCUAAUGCUUCACGGUCAUGGCCAGUCCGCAGACAUCUUCAAACCGAAGACUCGGUAUGUCCGAAAUGUCUUACGCACACUGUCAAAUGAGAUGGACUUUGAGUUCCAUCAUCUGUCCGGUGUGUUGUCAGCCUACCCGGACGACAGCGAUCUUAAAGACCAAAGAGUGUGGGGCUAUGAUGAACCAGAAAAUGAUAAAAUCAAUGGUUUGGAGAAAUCCAUUGAGCACAUCCUUGAUGCCCUUGACCAAGAUGGUCCUUUUAUUGGCAUAGUGGGAUUUUCCUCGGGUGCCGCCAUGACUGCGAUCGUUGCGUCGAUCCUGGAGAAGAGAACUCCGAUUUGUGGUGUUUCAUGGAAGAGGCGCCAUCCGCAAUUACGAUUCGCAAUAUGUCUCAGUGGCUUCAAAUUAAAGAACAAGAGCUAUGAAGCCUUUUAUUCCCCAAAAAUUAUCACUCCCAUGUUCCACGCCGUUGGCGAGUUAGAUGCAACUGUUUCUCCCACCCAAACGCGGAACCUUGCACGGUGUUGCUUUUCCCCAUGGUUCUAUGAAUUCUUUGGCGGACAUUAUGUGCCCCAGAGCAAAGAUUUCCUCGGCUUUAGUCAAUCCCUUAAGAGCUUUCUGACAGCGGCUUUGGGCCUUUCUGAGAGAGUCCAGGAGAGCUGGGUGGAUAUUGAUAUUGUUGAUGAGAAGCUGGAGCGCAAAGCGCCAUUCUUGCCA